AUUGGGAGUUUUUCAGUGCUGGUGGUUUCCAUUGUAAAGAGGAGCCACCUAAAAGAACAGGUUUCAUGAAGUCCACAAUCAUCUCCUUAGUUUUGUUGACGUUGAGUAAGAGGUUAUUUUCCUGGCACCACAUUCCCAAAGCCCUCACAUCCUCCCUGUAGGCUGUCUCAUCGUUGUUGGUAAUCAAGCCUACUACUGUUGUGUCAUCUGCAAACUUGAUGAUUGAUGUGGAGGUGUGCUUGGCCACGCAGUCAUGGGUGUACAGAGAUCAUAGGAGGGGGCUGAGCACGCACCCUUGUGGAGCCCUAAUGUUGAGGAUCAGUGAAGAGGAGGUGUUUUCUCCUACCUUCUACACCUGGGGGCAACCCGUCAGGAAGUCCAGGACCCGGUUGCACAGGGCGGGGUUCAGACCCAGGGCCUCGAGCUUGAUGAUGAGCUUGGAGGGUACUAUGGUGUUGAAUGCUGAGCUAUAUGAUGUUUAUGAUGUUUAUGUACAUGAUGUUCCAAGAGACAAUAUCUCUCUCAUCAUCACUCAAUACCUAGGUUUACCUCCACUGUACAUCCUACCAUACCUUUGUCUGUACAUACCUUGAAGCUAUUUUAUCGCCCCCAGAAACCUCAUUUUACUCUCUGUUCCAGACGUUCUAGACUACCAACUCUCAUAGCUUUUAGCCGUACCCUUAUCCUACUCCUCCUCUGGUGAUGUAGAGGUGAAUCCAGGCCCAGCAGUGCCUAGCUCCACUCCUAUUCACCAGGCGCUCUCAUUUGUUGACUUCUGUAACUGCAAAAGCCUUCGUUUCAUGCAUAUUAACAUUAGAAGCCUCUUCCCUAAGUUUGUUUAAUUCACUGCUUAAGCACACUCCGUCAACCCAGAUGUCCUAGCCUUGUCUGAAUCCUGGCUUAAGGAGGCCACCAAAAAUCCUGAAAUUUCCAUCCCUAACUAUAACAUUUUCUGACAGGAUAGAACUGCCAAAGGGGGCGGAGUUGCAACCUACUGCAGAGAUAGCCUGCAGCGUUCUGUCAUACUAUCCAGGUGAAUCCCCUGGUCCAGCUGGCUCUAGCUGAUCUGUUGGCAGCAGUCACCCUGAUGUUCACCAGCGCAAUGAAUGAAACACACACCUUCACCCCCAGUGUGUUAAUCUGUGAAAAACUACUGCCUCUGUCACUGAUGUUUUACUUUGUGUCGUUCCUCCUGAUGGUAGUGUAUGCCUGGGAGUCAAAGCAUGCAGUCGAGGGAUGGAGGGAGAGACCAAGAGAGGAAGAGUCCCAGUGUCGACAAAGGAUGGGGGUUGUGCCUGUAUAUACUUGUGUGUGGUUUAUACCAUUGGUGAUGUACUUUGUGUACGUGAUGACUUUAGUCCUGGUACCACCCAGCCACAUGACGGCAAACAACGCUGAAGCUAGCACAUACUGCAACAGCUGUAUCCUCUUCCUGCAUAUCUGGAGGGACAACUGCUCAGAUAUAGAACAUAUCCAUGAUAUCUUCAUACAAUGCUUCCUCUUCGUCAGUGUGAUACCAGUUUUGGUGUGCUGCACAGUGGUUUACUACAAGGUGGGCAGCUGGUAUCGCAGGUAUGAGGAGGAGGGACUAUUUCCUGUGGAGGGAGAUGCACGUUCCAGGAAACGGCUGAGGGGUAUGUUCUCCACUGCUCGCUACAUGAUGGUGGUCAUCAUCUUCUGCUGGACCCCAGCCCUUGUUCUGGUUGUCCUGUCUGUGAUACCAGACAUACCUCAAGUAAAUCUCUUCCCCCUGUAUGUUAUACAGGCGAUGACGUUGUCUCUGCAGGGCUGUCUGAACAGUGUGGUCUAUGCCUGGAGACGACCGAACUUCAGAGACGCUGUGCUCGGAGAGAGGUUGCCCCUUCUCAGCCAAGACGCCCCUCUGCCCUUCUUUGACGAAUCACUGAGGGGGCCGCUUGCACCCUUAACCUCUAACUCCUGACUCUAGAGAAGCUGCUAUGCUGCGGGUGGAAUUCUACCUCUGGCACAGAAACAGUUUACCCUCCUCAAAUACUAACCUUUACCACUGAGGGAAGCAAUGCAACACUGACCUCAGAUCAGCAUCUUGGGAUAACUUCAUUCUACUACUCCCACUGGGAUGGUUGUCCAGAACCAAGACAAUGGUGUACUAUGGACGUAGGGGUCGAUUCAGACUCAGGAAAUGUAUGCCUUUCCUACACACGUCUUUCCUAUGCACUUCUCAGUAGAUGGUAUUCAGACUUUCCUUAUGCAGACGUGUAACGGGCUUUGCAGGCGUGGUUUCCUUGUAAAUUGAUAAAUACAUUUUAUAGAACAGCUGAAAAUCCUCCCACUUGCUGGCCAACAGACUUUCUCAUCGAGUUUUCAUUCAAUAAAGUUUUCUGUACAUUCAUCUUAAACCAUCCCUUUAAAUACGGUGUACCUUUAAUUCGAAUUUGGUCGACAGACUCACUAGAAUACAUAGAGAGAAAAGCUUCAGAGUAUUAGAGAUCAAUGGAAGGAAGCCAUCUAAAUAUAUGCAUAUUUGUUACAGUUUCAGCACCAACUGGUUAAAAAAUAUUCUGGUAGAUUAUUUAGGCAAAUAUUAGGGUUAGGAAGGUAUGUAUGACAUGAACUGGUUUGGUGAGCCUUUCCGCACAAAAUAUAAUAUAGAUUUUUUUAAAUUUAACCUUUAUUUAACCAGAUAGGCCAGUUGAGAACAAGUUCUCAUUUACAACUGCGACCUGGCCAAGAUAAAGCAAAGCAGUGCGACACAAACAACAACUCAGAGUUACACAUGGAAUAAACAAACAUGCAGUCAAUAAUACAAUAGAAAUUAAUCAAAAAUACAGUGCUUUGAUUCAUCCUGAAAGUUGCCAUAUUCAAAUUCAAUCCAUAAAAUAUUGGAAGGUGAAAAAAAGUGUACAAUAGGGGUUGAACAAUAGGCUAGUCCGAUAAAUCAACCAUAAUCCUUACUAAUAAUUGAACUGUAAUGCCAAUGGUCCAGUCAUUGUGAACUGUGCACCAGGCUCCAGGGUUAACCUGCUAUGUGUGGUCUGACUUCCAUAAUGAUUCAAAUAGGCUACAUGCCCCAAAUUAUUGCGCAACGAUAGCCUAUUGAUCCACUACUGGAAGAUACUGUUCCCAGAGACUGGAAUAACACCUUUACUCACAGAGUUCACCUGGUAUUCUACAUAAAAUGCUACGUUAAGUGGUAUGUCAGAAGACACCAUUUGCAAUUCAGAAUUUUCCUGGGCCUCAAAACAUCUGUUUGAAUGUGAUUUCUGUAGCACCAUUUUUGUUUGUGUUAUUUAGAAGAAUCUUCAAUGAUCUAUUCAUUUUUUAGUACAAUGCUAUUUCAGUAUGAAGAGAGAAUGAGGUGGUUCUUUUGAUGAGGUGUAGAGCCAGAUGGGCCAGAGAACAACAUGACAUAACAAUGACCAUCGUUUGAUUUGAUUGAUUUGAUUAAUGGAAUAUGGUUUAUGAAGCGCUUCCUUAUGGUGUUGGGGAUUUCACUCUUUCCAGUAGAUAGCUAGAGCAACUGUCAGUGAUUGUGUACAAUAUAGCAAGCAAUAUAGCUAGUAACCAUAGCAAGCUUUCAUUUGUACACAUUCAGUGUUUUUUUUAGCCAGGUUAUAUAGUAUCACCCUUUGAACAAAAUUAAUUAAAAUCAGGAUUAUCAUUUUUAUUCAGUCAUUUGACAUGUGUAUAGACUAAAGACGAAAAAGCACUCAAGGACUAAAUGUACUGUACUUUAGCAUGUAGAUGUUCUUUGGUAGGCAUUAAAAUCACAGGAUAACAUUUCCCUCGUAUAUUUAUGUUGUUAUGAUGUUUUAUUUGUGCAAUAAAUGGCCUCUUAUCCAGUCCCAUUUUAACUGACA